CUUUUUUUUAUGAGUUGUUUUGUGCUUCUCUAUAUUUUCUGUGAAAGUUGUGAAGCAAGCAACAACCUGUGAGGAAAAAGCAAUGGAGGAAAAAGCAGAAGUUGGUUGUGAUGUGAAGCUUUCAGAGAUGGAGAAAGAAAUGGUUGCCCAAAACAAGCCUAACCAGACAGAGGAUGAUCUGCAAAACCUCAGGAAAGGACUAUCUACACUAAACAUUACCAGUCCUGCUCCGGCUCAGCUUACCAUCUUCUACGCAGGGAGCGUUAGUGUGUUUGACGCAAUUACUGCAGAAAAGGUUCGUGAACUUAUGCUUAUUGCGGCUGCUGCUGCUGCUGCUGCUGCUGAUAAGAAGACCAGUGAUGUGAAGAAUACUGCGACAAGCGGUCCUCCAAGUCCACUGGUUCGUACAGGGUCGUCUUCGCUGCAAAACUCUUCUGCUCCUGGUUCACCAGUUGUCCAGCCCUACCCUGAUCAGAAGAGUUCCAUUAGCAAAUUGGAAGCUGGGUUUCCCAUUGCAAGGAGACACUCUCUUCAGCGCUUCCUGGAGAAGCGACGUGACAGGUUGGUCAGCAACAGUCCAUAUCCUACUUCGCCAGCAACACCGAUGGUCGACAACGCAAAAACUAAUCCGAGCAAUAACGCUUCUCUGGGUGUGGGUUGCUUCAAACAAUCUGCCAUGGUUCAGGAAGAAACUCAACCAAGUUCGGUUGCCUAGCCAGCUUGAACUUCUAUGAUUCUAUCCUAUUUUAUGACUCAGCAUGUGUAGUAACUUCGCAAAGACGUACAUUUAACCAGUAACUGUUGUGUUUAAAUUGCCCGUUUGUGCAAUCGGGUCCGCGCGUGUAUAAAUCAUCCGUCGAUUGAAACUGAAAAACAACCCUGAAUGACAGACUGGUGGUCGACGAUGAAUUAUGUGUUUGAUUGGUGACGAAGAAUUUGUAAACUUGUUACCCCUGUUUAUGCCGAGGCGGUUUGAUUGUAUUCGUUAUGUUAUAUUACGUUGUGGACUUGACUAUAACAAAUGACAAACUAUUUGUGUUGCCUCGGUCGUGUGGUGAACAUGAAGCUACUUGUUAUAAUAAAACCAAGUUCGCUUUG